AUGGCAUGGAAUCAACCGCAACUGGUCAUAGAGAUUAGAAGUCUUCUGGGCUUGGUCAGGCACUAUAGGAGAAUUAUUGAGGGAUUUGCCAAGAUUGUAGCGUCAUUGAUACAACUUACAAAGAAGAACCAACUUUAUGCAUGGAUUGAGAUCAAGCAAGUAGCGGCCUAUGCCUCGAGGAAAUUGAAGGUGCAUGAAAAGGAUUAUCCCACUCAUAACAUGGAGUUAGCUGCAAUUGCAAAUGAGAUGGAUGUAGUUAUUAAAGAUUUUGAGUUCACGUCGCAUUACCAUCCAAUGAAAGCAAACAUGGUGGAUGAUUCCUUAAGUAGGAAGCGAGUUCAUCACUUGUUUGUAAUAUUGAAAGGGUUGGAAUUGUUAGAGAAUUUCCAUGACUUAGAUCCUAAUUUGGAUUCUUCAUAA